UGGAGGGACUAUAUUAAGCAAAUUAGUAUAGUAUAGGGACUCAAUCAACUAUGAAAUUAGUAGAGCGACUAGAUUGUAAGAGGCUAUGUUAGAAGGAUGUCACUCCAUCGUCAGUAUCUCAUCUCUUUCCUCUUCGCAAACAAUGGCUCAUUCUCAUCCUGUAAAACUCAUUGAUCAUUUCCGAGUCUCUCCACCACUAGGCUCAGUACCCACCACCUCUCUACCUCUCACUUUCUUCGACUUUCCAUGGCUUCUUUGCCGUCCCAUGGAACGCCUUUUCUUCUAUGAAUUCCCUUACCCUACUCUUUACUUGACGAACAACAUCCUUCCUAUUCUUAAAAACUCUCUUUCCCUUACUCUUCAACACUUUUUCCCUCUUGCCUCCAAUCUUAUGUGCCCACCAUCACCCCAUAAACCCUAUAUCCUCUUCAAAGAUGGUGACUCGAUCCCGUUCACUGUUGUUGAGUCAAUGCUGGAUUUUGACCAAGUCAUCGGAGACCAUGCCAGAGUCGAUCUUAGAGAACUGCAAUGUUUUGUCCCCAAGUGGCCUCCCACACGUGUGACAUCAGAUGACACACGUGUAGUGCCACUUCUUGCCUUGCAAGUAGCUGUGUUUCCGAAUUCAGGUAUCUGCAUCGGUGCCAAAUUUUGCCACGUGGUAGCUGAUGGGAUGGCUUUUAGCCAUUUCAUGAAAUCCUGGGCGUCCAUUUUUAGGUCCAGAGAAGACAGCGCUUGCCUUGAAAAGUCAAUACCGCCGUCUCAUGACAGGUCAGGGAUCAAAGACCCAUUCGAGCUUGAGUCAAUUUUUACAAAGGACUGGUGGAAUUGGGCUUCAUCUUGGGAUUACGAUUUGGGAUCAACCCCUGAUGAUCAACUUAGAGACAAGGUUGGCGUCACAUUUACGAUAGGCCAAACCCACAUUGAGAGGCUGAAAGAUCUGGUGUCCAUUCAAUGCAUGGAAAAUUAUCCAGGGCAAGUGCAUGUAUCAACAUUUGUGGUAGCAUGUGCCUUUACAUGGGUUAAUUUGAUCAAGUCACAAGAGAAGGAGGCAAGUGAUUUACUUGAUAAUGACAAGGUUUACUACUUCGUUUUUGUGGCAGAUUGUAGACACCGUCCUGAAGUUAAACUACCAGCAACAUAUUUUGGAAACUGUCUAGCAAUAUGUUAUGUUCCUGCAAAGAAGAUUGAGUUACUUGGAGAAAAUGGGAUCAUCAUGGCAGCUAGAGAAAUUGGUAAGAAGGUCAAGGAAUUGGAGAGUGGGGUUUUUGUGGGGGCUGAGAAAUGGAUAUCAAAGUGGAAAGAAGUGUCUGAACAAGGCAGGCUGGUUACUGUUGCUGGGUCACCUAAGUUGCGUGCUUACGAGACAGAUUUUGGGUGGGGGAGGCCGAAAAAGACUGAGGUUCCCCAUAUUUAUGCUUCAGGCAGUUUCCAUCUUUGUGAAUGUAGAGAUGGGGGAGGAGGAGUUGAGAUUGGCUUGGCGCUUCCUCAGGGUCAAAUGGAUGUCUUCUCUGGCAUCUUUGAACAAGGUAAGCAGAAUCUGAUUUGAGAAUGGCUUGCUGUCUCUCCUUGUGAAAUUCGCAAUGUACGGUGCUUUAUGCUAAGAAACUAAAGAGCGAAAACAAGAAAUGAAUAAAUUUAUUUUUGUUGA